UUUUCGACUUCUUCUCUGCGUUAGAAAUGUCUGGCCGCGGCAAGCAGGGUGGCAAGGCGCGCGCCAAGGCCAAGUCCCGCUCCUCGCGCGCGGGCCUACAGUUCCCUGUGGGCCGCGUGCACCGGCUGCUGCGCAAGGGCAACUACUCAGAGCGCGUGGGAGCCGGCGCACCGGUGUACCUGGCUGCCGUACUCGAGUACCUGACGGCCGAGAUCCUGGAGCUGGCGGGCAACGCGGCCCGUGACAACAAGAAGACGCGAAUCAUCCCCCGCCACCUGCAGUUGGCCAUCCGCAACGACGAGGAGCUCAACAAGCUGCUGGGCCGCGUGACCAUUGCGCAGGGCGGCGUCCUGCCCAACAUCCAGGCGGUGCUUCUGCCCAAGAAGACAGAGAGUCACCACAAAGCCAAGGGCAAGUGAGGCCCUGCCGCCUGUACGCGCCCCGUGGACACCAAAGGCUCUUUUCAGAGCCACCACUGAUUCUAGAAAAGAGCCGCUUUGAGCUCGCAGCCUUUUGGCCUGGGGCGGGGUCCCCUUGGAUUCCUUUAAGAGCAUUAGUGCGCAUUAGUCAAAGCAAAGGGCUCAAACUGGGACCAUGGCCCAAGGGAGGGACACGCACGUGCGCGAGGUGGGCGAUGGGCUUCUGCUAGAGGCCGGGAAAACCGCCGGACCUGUCCAUUUGCUUGCGAAUACAAUCUCAAACUCGUGGGGCUUUAUCCUCUCCUUAAGUGUCCCCAGAAUUACCAAUGACAGGUACUUGGGAUUCCAAAAAAGUCAAGAUUGCGUUUUUUUCUCCUAGGGACAAUUGGGUCAGUUCAUCUGAUAUUAAGUGUAUUACACUUUAAUAAAAUUUGCCAUUUGGAAUUCU